AUGGAUAAAAAUAGCUAUCUUCUCAUACUCUUCCUCCACCUCUCCGUCACAAUGCCACCGGCGGCGGCGGCGAAGCCGAGCGCCAUAUACGCCUUCGGCGACUCCGUCUUCGACGCCGGCAACAACAACAAACUCGCCACCAUCUGCCGUGCCGACCACGCGCCUUACGGCGUGGACUUCCCCGGCGGCAGCGCGACGGGCAGGUUCAGCAACGGGAAGCUGCCCGGCGAUAUUCUCAUCUCCGACUACAGCAUCAAGGAGCUGCUGCCGCCGUACGCGGAGGCGGCGGCGGAAGCGGACGAGCUGCUGACGGGCGCCACCUUCGCCUCGGCGUGCUCGGGCUUCGACGAUCUCACGGCGGCGGAGGUGGGCGUGCACAACUUGGGCAGGCAGUUCAAGAAUUUCCAAAAGGCGUUCGUGAGAAUGGAGGAGAAGCUCGGGAUCGAGAAGGCGGCGGCGGCGGUGGGGAAUGCUUUGUUCUUGGUCUCCGGCGGAGCUAACGACAUGAUGGAUAAUUACUACGCGCUGCCGCCGACGACGAGGGCCAAGUAUUCUCUACCAGCCUACCAUGAUAAGUUGCUCAAAAAUCUUGAGAAAUUCGUUAUGAAAUUGUACAAAGCUGGUGCGAAGAGGCUAGCAGUGAUCGGGCUUGCGCCGCUGGGGUGUCUGCCGAUGGAUGUCACCUCCAACUGGCCGCCGUUGCAGAAUGCAAACGUGACAAAUGCAGGCGACUUUUUUAGGCGCGAGUGCAGAAGUAAGCACAAUUCAGACGCCCAAGAAUACAACGCCAAGCUUGAAGCCCGAGUGAAGAAGAUGAUGGUGGACAUGCCAAAAAUCAAAAUUGUUUACAUGGACAUCUUCAACCCUAUCAUGGACAUGAUCAACAAGCCCAACGAAUUUGGAUUCAAGACUACACUCCAAGGAUGUUGUGGAACUGGUGCAAUUGAAUUGGGACCUCUCUGCAGUUUGCUUUCCAUCACUUGUCAUGAACGAUCGGAAUAUGUAUUCUGGGAUGCAGCUCAUCCAACAGAAACUACUUACAACUAUCUUACAAAGAUUUUCAAAGACAAAGUGCUUCCUAAUCUGCUCAAAUAA